AACCUGUAAAUAUGUAUUUAUAAUUGAAUAUGGUUUGGGUGGAUAUGUGUGGAACACGCGAAAAGUAAAUGUGGUCAAGUGACUUCUCUUAGAGCAGAGCCAGCAUGGCAGAGCCAGCGACAGCAUGUGGCCAGCUAGCUAGUUCAUAUGAACGGUGCGUCUCUCUGCUCUAUGGGCUCGUAUUCACAUCACCAAAGAAGGGCUGUCUUUUGAUAUAUGGAAAUAUAUAUAACAUUCUACACAGUUAAAAUGUUAUGCUAACGCUACCAGUAGGUUUCCUGACCCACGGAGCUACUGCUAACGCUACUUUGCCUCACGGAUGUGCUGCUGGACCUCUUUGAUUUAAUGGGUCCAAUCAUUGGGAUGUCACCAGAUAAGAAAACGGAAAUUCCGGGUAUGCAAGAGGAGCGGACGGGGCUCCAAGGCGUUUGCGGCGUGGGAACGCUCCCCGAGGCGGAGUGCGCGUCUAGUCCGCUGGCGACCAGCGUGGACCGCGCCGGAGGCGCCGAGGACGAGGAGCUCACCAACCUCAACUGGCUGCACGAGAACCUGCUUCAGAACUUCGCUCUGGGAGGCCCGGAGGCUCAGCCCAGCGGCAGCCCCCUCUUCGACAUAGAGGGAGACUACGGGUCCAGCCAGGGCCCGUCGUCGUCCUCCUCCUCCUCCUCGUCACACGGCAGAGGCCGGGAGCGGGACUCGUUGAAGUCAAAGCCCCCGUUCUCCUUCUCUCUCCUCAUCUACAUGGCCAUCGAGCAGUCUCCCAGCAAAUCUUUGCCCGUGAAAGAAAUCUACGGCUGGAUUCUCGAGCACUUCCCUUAUUUCUCCAACGCUCCCACCGGCUGGAAGAACUCGGUCCGUCACAACUUGUCCCUGAACAAAUGCUUCCGCAAGGUCGAGAGGAGUUUGGGAAAGGCCAAUGGAAAAGGUUCUCUCUGGUGUGUUGACCCCGAGUACCGCCCCAACCUGAUCCAAGCCCUUAAGAAGCAGCACUUCCCUGCCGCACAUGCCUUCUGCACACCACCCGCCUCCCCACCCAGUGCCUCCUCGCCCCCUCGCCAUCUCUUUCUACAAGGCUGCUCAUUAAAAGAGUCUGACAUUGAUGCUGCCACUGCCAUGAUGCUCUUAAACUCUGCCCCCGGGCACCACGUUGACCCAUGCAACUCUGACGGCCCUCUGGACCUCUCCCGACCCGACUCCGUGCUGGUGAGCAGCGAUCCGAAGCAGGACCACAACUACAGCAGCGUGGCCCUGCAGCGCUGCUCCUCCCGCUCCUCCUCCUCGUCUCUCUCCUCCCUGGACGAAGGGGGCUGCGACCACGGGCAGUCCCACCGCGCCGGCAGCGAGGGCUUCCACAGCGACGAGGACUCCGACCUCUGGGACGAGAGGGGCGUCCACCAGACGUCCCGGCGUCCGCCCGCCAUCAAGUGGCCCGCCGGCAAGAGGGCGCGGCGCGAGGUCAAGCCGGAGCUGGACGAGGAGCUGAAGGAAGCCGCCGGGUCCUUGCUGCACCUCGCCGGUAUACGCAGCUGUACAGAGGGCUCCAAACGCACUGUCAAGAGCACAAAACUGAACAGGAAAUGAAGAUUAUUUUUGCCCCCCCCCCCUCCCCCUCAUCAGACUCCAGACCCUGUGAACCCUAACCUCUGACCCCUGAUCGUGUGUCCGAGUGUGCCUCCUUCUCCUUAUCUGAUCGUUCAUUGGCCAUUUUGAGCCUUUUUUUUUUUUUGUUUGGGAAUAUCCCCGUCCAACAAAACAAAUGGCAAUAGUAUCGUUCACACAGGAGAACAAAGCCAUAUAGAGACUUCUGUACCUCGGGAGGGGGGGGGGGGGGGGGGGACUGCUGGGGGCGGGUGUUUGGGCUUAUGGAGAACCAUCAAGAAACCCCCUAUCCAAAAUGACCUGCCUGCUUCUGUUGGAUUAGAAGAUUGUGAUUCAAGAUUCUUUUCCUCUAAAAAAGACAAAGAUGGGAAAAAGCUGAAGGUUUUAUAACUCAAAGCGUUGCAUGCUUCCUCCUCAAACCUGUAUCCUCUUCCAAGUGAAUCUAUUUAUGAAGCGAAUGAGUGCAUGUUUGUAACAGACAAAACCGAACCUCCUGGUGUUACCAUUCUCUCCUUUUUGUGCUGAAGAAAAAAAGAAAUGCCACAUGCUUUGAAAGGAGUCCCUGCACCAUGAAUCCUCUUGUAAGAGAGAUGCAAUAAUUAUCCACAACCUUAACUUUUCUUCAUUUCAUGGUGGCGUUUUUUUCAGAGUUGAGUACGCUAGUUCAACUUUACAAUUAAGACAAAUGAAUGGAGUAGUACUAUUAUCUUGUUCUGCGAUAACCGUAUUACACACAAGCUCUGGCUCUAUUUCAGGAUUAUGUGGAUAUAGUAUUACUCUGCCACUGCCAAAUUUAGUUGCAAAGUUCGCUAAACUACUUCGGUGCGGCCAUUACAGUGCUAUACGAACGAAAGUUUUCUUUUCUUUCUUUUUCUUUUGCAAAUCAACCGCUCAUCCUGUCCAUCCCCUUCAUUCAUCGGUGUGUUUUUGACAUUUAUCGUGCAGACAUAUAUUCACAUGUUUGGUGACAGCCUAUGCAAAGGGAACAUCUGCCACCAGAUGUUCACUGCCUGUUCAUAGGUUAUCCUCCAUAGAUUUAAUUUUAUUUCGUGUGUGUGUGUAUCAUAGUGCAUGUCAGCCUAAACCUGAGAUAUGACGGUCUUGUUGAAAGAGUUUUGAAAUGGCCAAACACUUUCUCCUCUCCUGACAAAGUAUUCGUGCGCUCGGUGUCGUGACCGAUCUCCUUGCUACAGCUGUGUUGUGGGGCUGCUUGGUGCUCUGCUUGCUUCUGAAUGCAGAGCUGUUUAAUAAUCACAGAAAGGAGCGGGCAGUAAACUCACACAGCUUCUCGCUCCAUUAAUUGGGUUUGCAGAUCUCCUGUUUUUAGAUCAUGUACUUUAGAAAAUUAGAAAAUGACACAGCUGAUUUUCUGUUUGCUGAUCCUGUGGCAAAGUGAAUUCACAACUGAGGGAGGGUGUGUCUGUUUGGUGCAUAUCGAAGUGUAAAGACCGAGAAGGGGCCGGCCAGAGAGAACCGGAGGAGUUGGAGACCCGCGCUGCUCUUACGUUGUGCCCACAGCUCUGGCCACAAGUGUUUCGUCCUCGCUCUUCCUCCUAGAACAAAAAUAAGGAAGUGCGCGCUCUCUUCUCAAGCUGUGAAACGGAGUUUAUUGUCAGUUGAUUGCAUGCAGUUCACUGAGGGGAAGUUGCGAGCCGCUUGUGUAAAAGGCCACGAUUCUCAAUGGAGCUUUUUUUUUUUUUUUUUUUUUUAAAAGGCUGUGUACUGGCAGUGUACAAUACAAGGUAGCAUGGACACUCACGGGGGGGGGGGGCAACAAACAGAAAAUCCUAAUAUUUCUUCCUGCAGCACUAGAUCACACGGUCACGGUGACUGUUAGCAGAGCAUGCGUGGUCAGUGCCAAACAUGUUCUUGUGCCACUGAUGUAGAAGUGCAAAGGGCCAUUGUAACUAUACAGUCGUGAGAGUAACAAUGCUCCAGUUUUCUGAAUCAUCGGGACAGGAAGUGGGAGAGAGAGGACGCGGGUCAGUACAGUGACUGAGCCCGUCUCUCUCUCUCUCGGGUUAUUUCUGUAGCUUUAGAGUGGGAACUGCUUCAGUUCUCAGAAGUAAUACUUGCAUACACUGGUCUUGUUUAGCUGUGAAAAAAAAAAACAGAACAAGUUAUUGUUCAUUAAUCAUCACCUUAUUUAUGAUGUUAAUUUAUGGGAUUCUUGAAUGCAGAGUCUAUCAAACACUGGUCAUCUGAAACGAGUGACUGGGCACAUUUAUUUUUCUCCCUCUGAACUCCACUUAAUAAGUAUUUUGUUUUUCUCCUCGUCUUAUUUUACAGCAAUACACUUUUGUUUUCUUUCACUAUGUUAUAGUGAUUAAGUAUUUUUGCCAAUGUCUAUUGUCUUUAGAGCGGGUGUUUUAUUUUUUUCAAUCUAACCAUGACUGCCAGGUUCUCUUGAUGUUUUGUUUUGCUUUUUGUUAGGCUGGAUAGUUUAACAUUAAUCCUGAAAAACCUUUUGUUGCCAAAAUUGACGCACAGCCGGGGUGUAAAAUGUAAGAUGGACACUUUCCCCUCAUACUGCAGAAGUUCAUUGACAAAGAUUGAAUCUUUUUUUUUUUUUUUUUAAUUACAUUUCUCUCAUGUUAAUGUUAUUGUGACUAAGUUGUCACAAAUUGAAUUUUGGCUCUCGAUCUCAUCACAGAUUAGAGUCUUUCAAAAAAAAAAAAAGAAAAGCUGACUGCCACUCAUGACUCAUGCUUCCGGGUAUUGUUACGGGAUGUGGAGUACAAACUGGAUCAGACUCUGUGGAUGAGCCACCUAAACAUUUCGGCGUCCAACGCUAACAAGAAACCAGCUCCUCCACUGCUCCACAGCUGUUUUUGAAUAAUAAUUGUGUGAUUCUCAAAAUUUCUCUUGCAGUUCCUGAAGGGUAGGAUGAACAUUUUCGUUUGCAUUCGACAAAGUUGCCAACCCAGUAUCAGUUUGUGUCAGCUGUCUGCCACGUCUGUUGGACCGACACACCUUUUGGUUUUUGUAUGCUAACCUCUGUUGAUAAAAUGUUUAUAAGAUUUAUUUUCGCCAAAGAUAUGCAAUUGCAUUAUAUAUGGUAUUACAAAAUAUUAAUAAAAACCUGUUCUUGUU